CUAUCUGGACUGCACAGCAUGAGGACACAUGGAUCCAAAGAUGAAAAUCGUAUAAGUAGGUUCUCACAGCGAGCACGAGGGCACCCAACAGUCAGCGAUGGAUCAAAGUCUUUCUGAGGUAGGUCUCCAGGACUAUUACCAGCUGCUCGCCGAUAAUGGUUUGAUAUCCCAUUCGCAAGCAAGUCAAGUACCUAAAAUACCCACUUCACCAUCCGCGCCAGACCAUCCUCGCUGCCCCCUCUGCUCGCACCUUCUCGUCACAUGUCAUGGUUGUUCGAAUGUCACCUGCGAUAACAGUCACUGUAAAGGUGCUGACCUCGUUAGUUUUGUGUCUUCGUGUCAAUCGUGCUUGUCGACUCUUGCAACGGCGAAGAUGUGCAGCCAGCUCAACUGUUUCUCUCGCACACAUUUUACUGGUGGUGUAAUCUGUCCUGAUUGCGUCAGCCCCACGGACGGUCACAUAAUUUGUCACUGCGGAGACAGCUGGAUUUGUGGCCCGUGUGCCACUCAGAAUCAACUUCUCGACAGGUGUGGACGCUGUCCAAAAUGUCAGAACUAUUUUUGUUUUUUUGGGUGCAAAUAUAUUGGCGUGUGCGCGGAUUGCCGCGAGGUGACGCUGUGCAACGAUUGCAUGGAGGAAGAAUUAUCCGAGUCUGAUCGGAAGCGGUCUUUCCGCUUAAGAGAGAGCAUAUUAACAUUCCUCGUGGAGACGUGCGAAGAAUGUCGAUCCAGAAUCUGUAUAGAUUGCUACGAAGAGCAAAAAUCCCGUUGUGGAUCUUGUCUCAGUGUUCAUUGCAUGGAUUGCGCGGCCUUAUAUGUUGAGUGCCCGGGAUGUGAGGAGCGUACGUGUUCACAGAAGACUUGUGUGUGUCAUGAGUGGUGCCCGGUAUGUCGAUCUUCAAACAACAAUUUUUGGUUGCCAUUGACAUAUCGAAAUAAGGCACAAUUCUCGGACUAGUUUUACACGUGACAGCUUCAGGAAACCUGCAGUCGACCAGUAGGAGUUUUUGAUAGACGCUGACGGGUGUUAACAAAACCUUUUGUCAGUUUCGCAGUGUACU